AUGACGAGACUCAAUACACAUUUUGUUGCUGCUUCGUUUUGCUUCUUCUUAUUCUCUCUUCGAGCCAUGUCCCAACCUACUCAAAUGCGUAUUGAUUGCACCGAGUUCAACAACGUCACUCGAACUAGUCCUUAUCUUUCUAAUCGCGACACGGUCCUCUCCACUCUUCGCAACCGUUCCUCCAUCGGAGGCUAUUCCAACGCCACGGCCGGUGUUGGCGGCCCAAACACGAUAUAUGGCAUGUUCCUUUGCAGAGGAGACCUAAACAGAACAUCUUGUUCAGAGUGUGUCAAUGCCACAGUGUUGGAAAUCUACGAAUCCUGCUUUUAUCGUAAAACAGCUUUGAUAAUCUCUAACGAGUGUAUAGUUCGGUACUCGAACACUUCUUUCUUCACGCUCGUAGAGGAUGUACCUAGUACCGCUAGAUACUCUCCGAACAAGUCUUUGGGAUCUCCGCAAUUUUUCAAUCGAACACUUCCUGAAAAACUAGAGAAACUUAUCCUAAAAGCAUCCUUGUCUUCAACGUUACCAGUUCCAUAUUUUGUUGAGGAUCAAGAACGUGUGACUCAAUUGGAAGGUUCGUAUGAUUUACAUGCAAUGGUCCAGUGUAGUCCUGAUCUUGAUCCAAGAAACUGCACCGUCUGCUUGAACCUUGCUGUCCAAAGACUCUCGAAGUGUUGCAGCCAUGCAGAGUUUGCUCGGAUCUUCUUUACUAAAUGUCUCAUCUCGUAUGAAAUCUCCGCUUUGCAACCGAACGUGACGAGUCUUGGCGUUACAGAAGGAAAUGAAAUAGUUGGAAGCACGUUUAUUGCAAUCAUGACAGCUUUGGCGUUACCACUAAUGGUUUUAUGAUCAAAUGUAGUGAUGAUCUAAGGAUAGUGUGAGUAUAUUUGGGUGACGUACGUACCCAUAUAUUGUGUUGUGUUGUUGUUCUCGUCUACGUAGAUUUAAAAACCACCAAAAAAAUAAAAGAAUAUAAAUAUUUGUAUAUAUAUUUUGUUAGGUUUCAACUUUCAGUGUUAUCUUGUUGGUAAUAAUAUGUAUUGGUAUCAAGAUAAAUAAAGUAUGCACAUGUGGUUUGAUUUCGAA